GUUGACUUUUGACAUUCACAAAAUCGCGAUCGCACGUCUCGUGAGUUAAAGUAGACUGUUAUUGUAAAGUAUCGAAUUGUGUGUAAGAAAUGUGAAUAAACAGUGCAUAUUGCAUAGUUGCAAUAAAUAAGAGCAUCAAAAUGUAUCGUAAAAUAGUGUGGUGUUAUAUAUUUGUAUUGACAUUAUUGGAAUUAUCACUGAACACUAAGCUGACAGCUCAGGGAAAGAGCCAUGGUGUAACAGUACAUGAUUCCCUUAUUGAGGGAAUAACAUUCCAGGAAUGGGGAAAGGACUCAGGUGCGGAGGGCGACGGUGCGGGGGCGCGCGGGGGGCGCGCGGUGGCGGCGGGCGCGCUGCAGCUGUCGCCGCCGGCGCUGGACUUCGGGCGCGCCGCGCUAGCCUCCGCGCAUGCGCUCACUGUCACGCUCACCAACACCGCCAACACUACCAUGCAUCUCGCCUCCGUCGCCGGCACCACGCCCGACUUCCACGCUUCUUUCUUCGAAUCUAAGACGCUGGCGCCGCGCGGCAACACGACGUUCACCGUGGUGUACCUCGGGCGGCGCGAGGGGCCCGUCGCCGCGCACCUCUACAUACACACCUCGCUCGGCGUGCACAAGUACCCGGUGUCGGCGGUGGGCGUGGCCAGCGAGUGGGGGCUGUGGCCGCUGCUGGGGCUGCGCGUGCCGCAGAACGCCAGCGUGGAGCCGCUCGUGGUGCUGCACAACCCCACGGACAGCGAGGUGCAGGUCAGCGAGGUGUACUCGUCGGCCCCCUGGCUGCGCCUGGCGCUGCCGGGCGGCGGGCGCGCCGCGCCGCGCGCCGCGUGGAGCGUGGCGCCGCACUCGAGCCGCGCGCUGGUGCGGCUGCGCGUGGCGCCGCCGGGCGGCGGGCCGGCCACCGCCUACGUGCGCGUGCGCGGCGCCGCGCUGCCGGCCGGCGCGCUGCUGCUGCCGCUGCAGGCGCGCGCCGCGCCGCCCGGCGAGUACGCCGCGCCGCCCCAGCUGCGCCUGCUGCCGCGCGGCUCGCGCGACGCGCCCGACACGCUGGAGCUGCGCGCCGCCAACAGCGCGCCCACCGCCGUGCGCCUGCAGCCGCAGCUGUGGGCGGCGCGCUGCGGGCCCGCGCCGCUCGACCCGCCGCCGCCGCCGGACCCGCCGGCCGCGCCCGCCGCGCCCUCCGCGCCCGCCGCCAACGGCCAGACUGACAAGGGCACCGCUAACGGCAACGGCGGCAAGUCUGCGGGCGUACAGCUGUCGCUGCUGGCGCCGCAGCUGGAGCCGCUGCAGCCCAUGACGCGCGCCGCGCUGCUCACGCUGGACUACGCGGCGCUGUGGGAGCAGGCGGCGGCGGCGGGCGCGGGCGCGGCGGGCGCCUGGUGCGCGGGCUGGCUGCGCCUGGGCCGCGCCGCGCUGCCCUACGGCCUGCGCCUGCUGCCCGGCACGCUGCGCCUGCAGCCGCUACAGCUGCAUUUCGUGACGGCCAACCGCGAGGACGCGCUGCGGCAGCGCGAAGUGCGCGUGAGCAACGAGUUCUCCGUGGGCGUGCGCGUCCACCGGGUGGACCUGCCCGCGACGGGCCUGCGCUACUGGGACCUGGAGUCGCUGGCGCCGCUGGACCUGGCGCCCGGCGCGGACGCGUUGCUGGCGCGCGUCCGCCUGCGUAGCCAGGCGCUGGCGCCCGGCGCGCCCGAGUCGCUGGCGGAGCGCCUGCAGCUGGUCACCAACCUGACGGACUACUCGCUGCCGCUACUGCUGUACAGCGGCCGUCUGCGACUUGAAUGGGAGUGGCCGAACUCUGAGGACGGGUCGCUGCGGCUGGGCGCCGUGGGCACGUCGAUGACGCGGCGCGUGGCGCUGCGCCUGCAGAACCCGGCGCCCGCCGCGCUGUGCGUGGAUGUGGCGCUGCAGCUGGCGGGCGCGUCGCUGGCGCUCGACGCCUGCGCCGGCACGCGCGCGCCGCCCGGCCACGCCUGCCGCUGUCUGCCGCCCGGCGCCGCCGCGCGCGCCACGCUCAGCGUCGUGGCGCCCGCCCGCGAGGGGGCGCUGCGCGGCGCGCUGCUGCUGUGGGCCGCCGCGCCGCAGGGGGGCGCGCCGCCCGCGCUGACGCGCGCCGCGCUGGACCUCAGUGCGCACGAGGGCCGCGUGGCGGCGCUGGCGCUGCCCGUGCUGCGCGCGGCGCCGCACGCGCCGGCUCGCGCGCCGCUGCAGCUGGAGUCCAGCAUGGCGCUGCGCAUGCGCGUCACGGCGGUGUCGCUGCCGCCGCGCGAGGGCCUGCAGUGGCUGGGGCGCCAGCCGGCGCCGGAAGUGGGCGCCGGCCGCCACGUCGUGGGCGACCUGCUCUACGCGCCGGAGACACUUUGCGACCCGCACUGCUACACGGGAUUGGACGUCACUAGCGCCGAGGGCGCAGCGUGGCUACAACGUGCGAAUGAGAUAGCAGACGCGGACGAAGGGGAUGACGACGAAGAAUCCGCCGAGCCGUACGACGCGGCACUGCGCGGCGACGCGGCGCUGCUGGCGGCGCGGCGCGCGCUGUUCCAACGCGCCGCGCCGCGCAACGUCACGCUGCACGUGCACACCUCGCACGCCGUGCAGCUGCCGGCGCGCGCGCUGCUGGCGCCCCACUGGCCGCGUCUGGCGCCCGUCCGCGCGCACGCGGGGCUGGCGCCCGUCGGCGCCGCGCUGCCCUUCUCGCUGCGCCUGCGCAACCCGUCCGCCACGCGCGCCGUGCUGCUGCAGGCCGUGCUGCGCGGCGCGGCGCUGGGCGCGCCCGACGCGGCCUGCGCCGACUGCCGCUGGCCGCGCCGCGCCUUCGCGCUGCACGAGUGGCGCGCCGCGCGCGGCGCCGUGCGCGACGUGGGCGGGGCGGCGCGGCGCCCGGGCCGCGCGCUGGCGCUGCUGGAGCUGGCGCCGGCGGCCGAGCUGGAGCUGCGCCUGAGCUUCACGCCGGCGGAGGCGGCGACGCUGGGCUGCUACCUGUACCUGCGCAACAACCUCACGGUACUGGAGCCGGUGCUGCUGACGGGGCGCGGCGCCUACCCCCGCUUCGAGCUGGCGGGCCGCCGCCCCGGCGCCGGGGCGCCCCUGCUCUUUGAGGUGAGCUCGUGCGGCGGCACCGUGCGGCGCACCGUGCUGGCGCGCAACACCGGGCCCGUGCCGCUGCGGCUGCGGGACUGGCGCGUCGCCGGCCAGCCCUGCCAGGCGCGCGGCUUCCGGCUGUCGCCCUGCGCCGCGCUACAGCUGGCGCCCAACGAGAGCCGCCCCCUCACGCUGGCCUUCAGCCCCGACUACACGCUGGCGCGCGCCGCCGCGGACCUCACGGCGCGCACCGACACCUCGCGCGCCGCCUUCCUGCUGCACGCCGCCGCGCCCGCGCGCCUGCUGCCGCGCUGCGCCGCCGCCGCGCCGCGCCCGCCCUGGGAGCCCGCCGCGCGCGCCGCCGCCGCGCUGCUGGCGCUGGCCGCGCUCGCGCUCGUGCUGGCCGCCGCCGCGCUCGACGCCGAGCGAGAGCUGCGCCGCGCGCGCGCCCAGCGCCCGUCGCCCGCGCCGCGCGCCCCCCUCGACCUGCGCGCGCUGGCGCACGACCCCCCCGCGCCCGUGCCGCGCCGCGUCGCGCCCCGCCGCCGCCGCCCGCCGCGCCGCGACGCGCCCGACCCGCGCGCCGAGCGCCGUGCCUUCGAACGCUGGCGCGCCGAUGUACUGGGCCGGCCGGACGACGACGACGAACGCUCCAGCGAGGACGCCGACCGAGACAAGGCGCACGUCGACACCGACCCGCUCCUAGACACCGACAAACCGGAACCUCACGAUCGCCCCCGCACCGGAACCGACGGCUACGAAGCCGAUCCCGAAACUGAAGAUCGUCCGCAAGGAAGCGCAGGGAGCGGAGACGACGACGCGGCAUCCACCGGCUCCGGCUCCGCGUCCGCGUCGUCGUCGUCUCCCACCGUCGACGACCGCGACGAAGUCGAAGAAGGCGAAGAAGGCGACGAACCAGAAACGUCACUCAGUCACGACACGAGCGCUGCUGCCGGCGACGAGUCCCCUGCGAGUGGUACGCCGCGAGCGCACGCGGCGUCGGGCGCCGACAGCGCGGCAGGGCCCGGCGGCCGCGCGACGACCACGCGCGCCGUCCGCCUGCGCGCCGAGCGCUCGCCCGCGCGGGAGGCGCGGCGCGGCGCGGCGGCCCGCCACCCGGCGCGCAAGGACAAGGCCAGCAAGCGCGCGCGCUCGAGGCCCGCGUCCCCGCCGCGCAGCCCCGCGCCGCGGCCCCCGGCGCCCGCGGCGCUGCGCUGGGGCGCCUCGUGGAGCUCAGUAGUAGCGCGCGCGCCGGCGCCGGCGCCGCUGGCGCCCAUCGGCGAGCACGUUCGGCGCCGCGAUCCCGAACCGCGAGCGCUAGCGGGGGCGGGCGACAAUUCCCUGUUCUACUUCAAUGGCGACACUGCGCAGUCUCUCGCUUGCCACGACUCUGACUUCUCCUGGCGCCCCCCGCCUCCCCUGGAGCGUCCCAGUUUCUCGCCCACGCACGAUUUCCUCGGUUCGGUACCGGACGAGGCGAGCUCCGUGGGCCCCGUGGGGCCGGUGGGGUCGGGCGCGGGGUUCCGGUCGCUGAGCUCUGUGUGGGGCGCGGGCGCGGGGCUGGAGCCGCGGCGCGAGAGCCCGGCGGCGGCGGCGUGGCUGUGGGGGGGGUACGGGGAGCCCGCCGUGCGCCCGCCGCCCGGCUUCGGCGCGCCGCCGCGCCCCGUGCGGCCCUACGACCCGUUCCGCUCGCUGGCGUCCAUCUGGGCGCCGGGCGCGCUGGACUGGCGCCCCGACCCCGACCCGCCCGAGCCGGACCAGUAGCCGCCGCCCUAGUCACGCCCGCGCCGGCGCCGCUCCGCUCGCACCCCCUCGUCUACUCGAUUGUCUGUUCAAGACUGAAUUAAACUUACACUAUCUCAAAUGAUGAUCAA